UUAUCAUACAUUUCUACUAACGAUAUCGUUUGUAGAAUUGUAUUUUGGCGAGCAGCGCUGCGCUAGCCCCUUGCCUAGAAAAGUAACAGAUAUAGAGUCACAGUUCGACUACCUUCAUUCACUCAUUCACAAUGAAUAUUAAAUAUUAUCUGUUAACCAAUUUUCCAAACCAUUCAACAGACUUGUCAUGGCAUGGCAAAGACGAACAAAACAAACAAACUUCAAAUUUAAAAGUUCGUCGUAACUAAUUAAUUUAUCCUUAUUUCAAUAUGCAAAAGUUAAAGGCGCAGAAUUUUCAUAACCUUUCCGAGAGUGUAAUAAGAACUCUUGCGCAAAAUCGUAUAGUUACACUUUUGGAUUUUCUACAAGAAGAUGUAUCUAAGUUAACAUUAUUAACAAAAUUAAGCCUGCAAGAUGUAUUAACAAUUCGAAAUGAAAUAUUUACAAGAUAUUCAGCCCCUUUAAUAAAUGGGACUGCUUUACUUACAAAAGUUUAUCAAAGUAGAUAUCGAAUAAGUUCUGGAAUUGACAGUUUGGAUUCCAUAACAAAUGGCGGUUUUCCAGUGAGACAUAUAACUGAAAUUUGUGGUUUAGCAGACUCUGGUAAGACUCAAAUGUGUUUCCAGUUGGCUGUAAAUGUUGCUAAAGAUGAUAAUGGCACUGUCCUGUAUGUUGAUACUAAAGGUGAUUUCUCUGCAGUCAGAGUGCAAAAAAUGUUGGAAGCUCAAGGAUACUCACAUAAGGAUAUGGCGUCAAUAAUGUAUAGAAUCAGAGUUGUGCACAUAUGGACUAUGGAAGACAUGGUGGAGCUAUUCAAAGGGAUCAAAAACAAGAGCCUUGAAAUAAAAAACUUGGCUCUGGUUAUUGUUGAUUCUUUACCGUGCUUGAUGUUUCAACAUCUUGGAGAUGAUAAUAAAAUGGGUUUGUCUUUUUUGAAUAUUUUGGUUAAUUACAGUCGAUUUAUAGCAAAUGAAUUCAAUGUGGCUAUAAUAUACAUAAACAUACAAACCAGAUGGAUAGAUAAUGACAUAUCAGAUUUGGAAGAUGAUGCUGAAUCAACUUCUGCUUUCAAGGAACCUGCCUACAUUGAGAAAAAGAAUCGCUGUUUAGGAAAAUAUUGGGAAAGUGUACCGGUAUUGGUAAUCCAGUUAGAAAAGUUAGACUAUAGCUCUAAGGAAAAUGAAACUUGUACUCAGUUAAAAGCUUCAGUUAUAACUUCUAAUAUUACCCAAAGUAACAACAGCCAAUGUAUUUUAAAUUUAAGUAUAAUGGGUGUAACUUAACACUAGAAAGACGGGAGCAGUCAUUUGACCGCAAUUUGAUUUUAAAUGUUGAAUAACUUGAAAUCUACUUGAGUUUUUAAACUGAGAUUUUGUGACUUUUAUUUAUUUUACUAGUUAAAUGCAACUAUGUAUGAAAAUAAAUCACAACUCUUUUAUUAUUUAUUUAAAAUCUUGAUCUACCGACAAAGACGGCGGCAGUCAUUUGACUGCUGACAAUCAAUGAGUGUUUAUAAGUGUAAUAUGAGUGGGUAGAAUACAAAUUAUAUACACUAAUUCAUUGUUUAUAGUUUGCUUAUCAAAUGAGACCGUAUCAUUUCAAGUGUCUGUGAACUUAUACGAAAUUAUUGAAAUUAGUUUGUGGUCGCGACGUGUUGGAGUCUUGAAAAUGAAAAAAUGUUUUUUACUUCCA